AUGGAUUUGUUCGAAACAAAUGAUGGUGAUUCGAUCCACUCGGACGUGCUGAUGCAAACCAUCAAAAUGAUGCAGCACCCAGCGUACGGGAACCCGUACGAAUGGUCUACGUGCGAUUUCGACCUAGGCCGCGCGCUUGGUCGUGGAAAGUUCGGGCGCGUCUAUAUUGCCCGCGAGCGUGAAACCGGCUUUAUGGUAGCAUUGAAAAUGAUGUUCAAAUCCCAGCUAACCAAAUGGAAUGUGGAAAAGCAACUGUUGCGCGAGAUCGAGAUCCAGUCGCGCCUCAAACAUCCGCACAUUCUGCGGCUGUACACCUGGUUCCAUGACGAUCGGCGCAUCUACCUGGCGCUGGAGCUGGCCGCACAGGGUGAGCUGUACAAACAUCUGAAGGCGGCACCGAAAGGCCGAUUCGACGAGAAACGAUCCGCACGCUACGUAUCGCAGGUGGCCGACGCACUGAACUACUGUCACGCCAACAACGUCAUCCACCGUGAUCUGAAACCGGAAAACAUUCUCCUCACGGAUGACGACAACAUCAAGCUGGCCGAUUUUGGCUGGUCGGCACACACCAAUUCGAACAAGCGCAAAACGAUGUGCGGUACGCUGGACUACCUACCGCCGGAGAUGGUGGACGGGAAGAUGUACGACGAUUCUGUUGACCAGUGGUGUUUGGGCAUUCUGUGCUACGAGUUUCUGGUCGGCAAUCCACCGUUCGAAUCACAGACAACGCAGCACACGUACGACAAGAUCCGGCGGCUGGAUAUAGUGUAUCCGCGACACUUGAGCACGGGCGCCAUUAAUCUCAUCGCAAAGCUGCUGCGCAUACCGAGCAGUUCCCGGAUUACGCUGCGAGAUGUCAUGAACCAUCCGUGGGUCGUACAGAUGCAGAAAUGA